GAGUUCUCAGGCAGCUUCAAUGGAAGGAGGGAGCCAAGAAGGGGGCCUGGUAUACAUUCAAAGAUGAUAAUUACGACAUGGAUUGUGUAUAUUCUUGCUCGGAAAGGUGUAGGGCUUCCCUUCCUACCAAUAACCAGUUCGGACAUUGACGUUGUGGAAAGCGAGGCUGUGUCUGUACUACAUCAUUGGUUGAAAAAAACAGAAGAAGAGGCUUCUCAGGGCAUAAAGGAAAAGCUGUCCAUCAGCCACCCUUCCCAGGGUAUAAGGGAGAAGAUGUCCACUGACUCCCCUCCCACCCAUGGCCAGGACAUCCACGUGACCAGAGAUGUGGUGAAGCACCACCUCUCUAAGUCUGAUUUGUUGGCAAACCAGAGCCAAGAGGUCCUAGAGGAGAGAACACGAAUCCAGUUCAUAAGAUGGAGCCACACUCGUAUCUUCCAAGUGCCAAGUGAGAUGACAGAGGACAUCAUGCGAGAUCGAAUAGAGCAGCAUAUCCCGUCUUACAGAUGUCUCAGCUCAGGACUUCAGUAUGAGACCCUCCUACUCAGACUGCUGAGAGCAACAGGUGGAAGUCCUUCAGGGUCCAGCAGCAACCUGUAUCAGAAGAACAUCCUUCUCUGCUUGACCUGAAGAAGGGCCAGACCUGGGCAGAAAGACUCCAGCAGGUGAGCUCUUCAUGCGACAGUGUCAGCACUGGAGUCUUCUUGCUGAACUGCGAAUAAAGAGAUGUGCUAUUUAACAACCCGCCCUGUU